AUGAUCAAGCAAAAAUUUAGAAAGAAUUUAGGCUCCGAGUUGCUUGUAGAGGAUUGGAACGUAGUCAUCGUAUUCGGCUUGGAAGAGAUUUCCGAAUACUGGAGUUCCCAAUCCAUGUUUCUCGACGAAGGCAGCAGCCUUCCAUCCUCCUCGUUUGUCUCCAGAAGUGUUCGUCAAAUGACCGUGCUCGGCGUCCUCGAUGCGUCCGGAUUGCUUGUAGAUGAGGUAGACGUAACGAUGAAGACCGGUAUUUGGUGGUGGUCCUGCACCGACGUACUCGGAAAGAGUGUCUCCCUUUGA